AAUUAAUGUCCCGAGAGCUCGCUGGGCGCGUUCACAAUACAACGAUAGCGAGCAUGGUUCAAACAACAAGUCUAGGCGAAUGAGUGUUGAUGUAUUUGUAUUAUAAGAAACAGUGAAAGAAGGAAUGGCAGAGUGGAACGCUUAUUACCACAAUGAGGAAGAAGAUGAGGACCAGGAGGAGGGAGAGGAGUCGGGAGGAGACUUUAAGUUCUCCGGCAGGGACAGCUUGGUAUUUCUCGUCGAUGCCUCCAAAGAGAUGUUCAUUAAAGGGGAGAAUGACGAGCCCUCUAACUUUGACAUGACCAUGCAGUGCGUGCGCAGCGUGUACACCAGCAAGAUCAUCAGCAGCCACCGGGACCUGGUGGCCCUGGUGUUCUACGGCGUGGAGCAGAGCAAGAACCCCCGCAACUCCUUCAAGCACGUGCACGUGUACCACGACCUGGACGAGCCCGGUGCGAAGCGGGUUCAAGACGUGGAGGCCCUGCGGGGGGACAAGGGGGCCCGCCUGGCGGAGGAGACCCUGGGCUGCGGGGGGGAGGCGGAGACCUCCCUGGGCGACGCCCUCUGGUGCUGCUCCAACCUCUACAGCGACAUCAAGCUGCGGCUCUCCCACAAGCGGCUCAUGCUCUUCACCUGCCGGGACCAGCCGCAUGCGGGGGACAGCGCGCGCGACCGCCAGGCUCGCACCAAGGCCGGCGACCUGAAGGAGACCGGCGUGGUCAUCGACCUGAUGCACCUGACGAGGCCGGGGGGGUUCGACGUGUCACUGUUCUUCCGCGAUGUGGUGAGCCACCAGGAUGACGAGGACGAGCUGGGCCUGCAGCUGGAGCCCAGCCGCAAGCUGGAGGACCUGCAGAAGAGGGUCCACGCCAAGGAGCAGAAGAAGAGGACCCUGGCCAGGUUGAGCCUCUGCCUGGCGGAGGGGAUGAACGUGGCGGUGGGCGUGUACGCCACGGCGGUCACCACCCGCAAGCCGCCGCCGGUGCGUCUGAACCGCGAGACAAACGAGGCGGUACGCAGCAAGACGCGCACAUUCCACACCCAGACGGGCAGCCUGCUGCUGCCCAGCGAGGUCAAGAAGGCCCAGAUGUACGGGGAGAAGCAGAUUGUGAUGGAGAAGGACGAGGUGGACUCCAUGAAGAAGUUUGAGGACCCCGGCCUCCACCUGAUCGGGUUCAAACCCAUGGACAAGCUGAAGCUCCACCACCACAUCCGGCCCUCGGUCUUCCUCUACCCAGAGGAGGAGCAGAUCACAGGGAGCGCGUGUCUGUUCAACGCCCUGCUGAAGAGGUGCAGCGAGAGGCAGGUGUUCGCCGUGUGCCGGUACAUCCCGCGGCGGAACCACCCGCCCCGCUUCGUGGCCCUGGUGCCCCAGGUGGAGGUGCUGGACCAGGGGCCGAUCCAGAUCACACCACCAGGCUUCAAUGCGAUCUUCCUCCCCUUCGCCGACGACAUCAGGACUCUAGAUCUGCCCCCCUGUCCGGGAGCCAACAGCCUCCAAGUGCAGAAGAUGAAGGAGAUUGUGUCCAAGAUCCGCUUCAAAUACAAGAGUGACUCUUUUGAGAACCCCGUCAUUCAGCAGCACUUCAGGAACCUGGAGGCCCUGGCCCUGGACAUGAUGGCCCCAGAGAACAUUGAGGACUUCAUCAUGCCCAAGGUUGAGCAGAUGGACCGGCGUCUGGGCCCACUGGCCCAAGAGUUCAGAGACCUGGUCUACCCCACGGGGUACGACCCAGACAGCAAGCCAGCCUCCAAGCGCAAACCCGCUGACGGAGGGGGCGGAGCCGACAAGAAGCCCAAGGUGGAGCUACAGGAGGCGGACCUGAGGCACCACAUCGAGCACGGCACCAUCGGGAAGCUGACGGUUCCGGUGCUGAAGGACGCGUGCAAGCAGUUCGGUGUCCGCACCACCGGCACCAAGAAACAGGAACUGAUCGAUGCGCUGAAAGCCAAACUAGCCCCUUAGCACGAGAGACGUGGCUAAGCUUAUGCUGCAAACAUAAGUUGUUUUUUGCAAAGGAAAUAUCUUUGACAAAAUAGAUAGGAGAGUUGUUGUUGUUGUUUUUUAUAAUUAAAGAGUUCGAAGAUGAUGGGAUGUUAAAAAAAUGCGUUUUUUCUGUGUACCAUGUUCUGCCCUUGUGUUGUAUUCUCAGAAAGCACUAUUCCAAUAACAUUGAUUUUCCGUUCAGCCAGUUGUAAUGUACUUCAUGUUUUUUUUGGAACUAUUAAAAGUCUGACUUUUUUUAACGAAAUUACAAGCAGUGUUCCGCAAUGUUUGAAACGACUGUCAACGAUGCCAAACUAUCAGUGGUUCAUUUUUGUAACAGAUGUGUGUUCAUAUGGAAUAAAACCCCGCUUCCC